AUGGCGCUCACUCAGCAGGCGAAGACGGACGCUCCUGCCGCAACAAAGUCAUUCGUCCCGCUAGAGAACAACCCAGAGGUCAUGAGCUCGCUGCUCCACAACCUCGGUCUCUCAUCACAGCUCGCCUUUCACGACGUCUUCAGUAUCGACGAGCCCGAACUGCUUGCCUUUGUGCCCCGCCCGGCAUGUGCUCUCCUCAUGGUCUUCCCCAUCAACAAUACGUACGAGUCUUUCCGCCUCAGCGAAGACGAGAACAAGCCAGAGUACGAAGGCUGCGGGCCCGACGAACCCGUCGUAUGGUACAAGCAGACCAUCAGCAACGCUUGCGGUCUCAUCGGCGUCCUGCACGCUGUGAGCAAUGGCCCCGCCCGCGACUUUGUCACUCCCGACUCGCCUCUAGCGAAUCUCCUUCAUGACGCCAUCAACCUGAAGCCCGCCCAACGCGCCGAUCUGUUGUACGAGUCGCAGGCUCUUGAAAAUGCUCAUCAAGCUGCCGCCUCCGGUGGUGACACAUCUGCUCCCGCAGCAGAUGACGACAUUGAUUUGCACUACGUUUGCUUUGUCAAGUCGGCCAACAACCACCUCUGGGAGAUGGAUGGUCGUCGCAAGGGUCCCUUGGACAGAGGUGUCUUGUCUGCUGACGAAGACGUGCUGUGCGACAAGGCUCUCGACAUGGGCGUUCGUAGCUUCCUCCAGCGAGAGUCCGAAGCUGGAGGUGGUGACUUGCGCUUCAGUCUUGUUGCCCUCUCCCAGUCGCUGGACUGA